CAACAAAGUAUCCGUCAGCCUAUUUUCGAUUGUUUCGAAGUAUUUCUAAAGUGUUUUGCCGAUCAGAGCCCUAAACUUUUUGCCAGGGAAAGUUUGAAACAUAAUGUCCGUACCGACGGCAUCGGCUCACGUUAGACGAGUAUGUACUUUGUACAAAAAGUCACUUCGAAAUCUUGAAUCAUGGUAUGAGAGAAGACACGUCUUCCGCUAUCAUGCCACCCUUAUGAGAGAUCGUUUCGAUAAGCACAGGAACGAAAAAGAUCCUACGAAGAUUGCCCAGCUCGUAGUGGAUGGUGAGCGAGAACUGUUCGAAACUAUGCACUAUCAGCCGAAAAAAUUCGCCAUGUCUCCCGGUGGCGUUGCCUUCGAGCGUGAGGUCGUUCCACCGGACUGGGUUCUGGAUUAUUGGCAUCCGCUGGAAAAGGCCCAUUUCCCAGAAUAUUUCGCGCGUCGCGAGAAACGCAAGCAAGAGUACACUGCCUGGUGGGAGAAACAGUACGGUAAAGCGACCAUCGAGGAUUCUCACCAUUGAAGCGGUAGAGGUAUUAAGUGGAUAAAGUGGAAAAAUUAGAUUUUCUUUAUUUCGAUACAUUGCUAUACAUUGAAAAUAGAUGGGUAAUGUUGUUUUAGAACGA